GUGGAGCUGCGGAGGAGAGAGAGAGAGACGGCGGGAACCAGAGAGGAUGUUCUCCGGGUGUUCUGUAGUGAACUCAGAGAACAUCCACCAUCUCUCCUUCUUCUUCUCCUCCUAAUGGCAGGUUCCUCCACUCCGUCCACCGACCCUCUUCUCCACUCGGAACCGCCUUAUAGCGCUCCAAACUCGGCCGGCUCCGCGCGGCUCCCCGCGGCUCGACUCUCCGGAGCUUUCCUGAGCGGCGGAGUCCCGGUGAGCGGUGGAGUCCCGGUGAGCGGCGGCGGCUCGUCCCCGCAGACGGAGUGCCAGAUGGUGGAGGUCCACGGGCUGAAGGUGGCCUCCUUCACGGUGAACGGAGCCGAACUGAUCUGCCUGCCGCAGGUGUUCGACCUGUUCCUGAAGCACCUGGUGGGGGGGCUGCACACCGUCUACACCAAGCUGAAGCGGCUGGACAUCAGCCCGGUGGUCUGCACCGUGGAGCAGGUCCGCGUCCUGCGGGGGCUCGGAGCCAUCCAGCCCGGAGUGAACCGCUGCAAGCUCAUCUCCAGGAAGGACUUCGAGACGCUGUACCGGGACUGCACGAACGCCAGCUCUCGACCAGGUCGGCCUCCCAAGAGGACUCUGGGUGUGGCCACCAUGACGGACUGCUCCAGGCUCCUCCCACACAGCCUGCUAAGCCCCGCCCUGCUGUCUCAGACAGGUCUGACGGCAGCGAUGACCGAGGCUCUGAAACUCCAGAAGAUGAGGAUGAUGAUGGGUUUCCAUGACAACAGCGAUCAACAGCGACAUCACAGCGGAGUCGACUCAGAGAACGACGACACGGGAGGAAGUGAAGGAUCAUGGGAGAAGGAGCAGCUCCUCCUCUCUCCUCGUUCAUCGGUUGUAGCUCCGCCUCCUUCUUGCUCGGCGUCGCUACACCUCAACGCUCUGCAGCAGCAUAGCUCGCUAUUGGCCAACCGUCUGUCAGAUCUCCCUUUUAUGGUCAUGCCACACCCCCUCCUCCACGUGGGCUUGCCUCCAGCCAGUGUUGCCAUGGCAAUGAACCAGAUGAGUCACCUGAGCAGUCUGACAAAUAUGGCUGCCGUGUCACAUGUCCAGACAGAUGAGAGCAAGGAGCCUCUGACAGCAAGCCCCUCCCCCUGCCCGUCCCCCAGUGAUGAUGAACUCCACCCCCAGGAACCAACCAGCCAAUCACCUUCCAGAGCAUCUUCAUCCUGCUCAUUAUCACCUCCUCCUCCAGCACACACACCAGAGCCGGAUGGAGAAAGAAUGGAGCCAGAAAACAGUAAAGAAGCACCAAAAGCAAAAAAUGACAGCCUGUUGCCCCUCCCCCUCUUCAAACCGACCUAUGAGAAGCUGGCUCUCACCUCUCAGCCGCUGUCAAUCAGCCACACAAACACCUUUGCUCCGUUCCUAUUGGCUGAGGGCCUGUCGUCCAUGGAGACGCUGCUGACCAACAUCCAGGGGCUCCUGAAGGUGGCGCUGGAGAGCGUUCGCUGUCAGGACCAGCAGAACCAGCUGGAGAGGAAGGAGCUGAAGCUGGAGCUGGACCGAGAACGAGACGCAAGACAGACACUGCAGAGACACCUGAGCUCCGAGCUGCUCAGCAGAGCGUCCAUCCAGAGGAGGCUGAAGAAGGAGAAGAAGGCAAAGAGGAAGCUGCAGGAGAUGUUGGACUUUGAGUCGAGAAGGAGGCAGCAGGUGGAGCGACUGAAGGACUGCAGCUCAGAUGCAGCAACUCCUGAAAGUGAACUGGAGAACAAACAGCAGAACGAGAACCGAGUAUUUAACAAAACUCCUCUGCUAUUCUGAGACACCUGGACACACCUGUAGGACAUCUGGACACACCCAUGGGACACCUGGACACACCUGUAGGACACCUGGACACACCUGUAGGACACCUGGACACACCUGUGGGACACCUGGACAAACCUGUGGGACACCUGGACAAACCUGUGGGACACUUGGACACACCUGUGGGAGACCUAUACACACCUGUAGAAUAUCUGGACACACCUGUGGGACACCUAGACACACCUGUAGGACAUCUGGACACACCUGUAGGACAUCUGGACACACCUGUAUUACACCUGAACACACCUGUGGGACACCUGGACAAACCUGUGGGACACCUGGACACACCUGUAGGACACCUGGACACACCUGUGGGACACCUGGACACACCUGUAUUACACCUGGACACACCUGUAGGACACCUAGACACACCUGUAGGACACCUGGACACACCUGUAGGACACCUGGACACACCUGUAGGACAGAGGAAACCAAUGGAGACACUGAAGGACUCAAAAAGUUACCCCUCCCCCAACACAUGUACGGGGCGGAACUCCGCUGAAGGAGUGGGGCUGUAAAAUUAAAGGUGGAGUCACACCGGAGCACUUUUCAUGAACAUUCGAUCACUGUUUCUUCACGGAAAAAAUUUAGCGUUUGAAAGCUUCAUCUGAAGUAGUACUGUUACUACAUAAAGUACUACUGUUACUACAAAAAUUACUACUGUUACUACAUGCAGUACUACUGUUACUACAUAAAGUACUACUGUUACUACACAGGAUACUCCUGGUACUACAUGCAGUACUGUUUCUGAUGACAUUAGUUUUCUGAUUUGUUGUUUUUAUUUACUCUAACUGUGAUGUCGUUGAUGUUAUUUUUGUUGUUGUUGACUUUGUGUGUAAAUGUAAACACUGAGCUACAAACUGAUCACUAUGAUUGAUUCGUGAGUCUGUAUCAGGAUCCCGGUUCUCCUCAGAACCAGAACUUUAGAACUUCGUGAGCUGGUUGUUGAUUUUCUGCUGAAAAGUUUCUGAUCAGAUCGAUGGAUCACCCGUCUGCCUCCUGCAGCAUGAUUGGCUGAUUGACCGAUGAGUCAAAUCUCUUAUAGGUCGAGUUAAAGUUGAGUCAUGUGACCCAAGUUCCAUCCUCUGAUUGGCUCCUGUGACAGAUGACUUUGAUCAGCUCUGAGACAUUAUUGAUCUGUAAGACUUUCAAACACAAUAAACUGAUCAAUAAAUCAUAUCAAAAUUCA